CUACAUCCACACACAGCUCUGCAGACGGCAACGCAGACACCGACGCCUCACAGAGGGGCCCAUCCAUGUGAUGUGUGCGGGUGACUUGAAGACAUGACAGCCCACAGCCCACAGCCAGCCAGCAUCGGUGGGCCAGCGGCAGCAGCUAGCUACGGAGUCCGUUGUGAGCAAUCCAGCCACAGAUAACCUCCUGGACACCCACACAGCCACACACACACAGGGGGCACGACAUCCAUCAAUCCAUUGACCUGACAAAGCCAUUUGUGGCGUACCGGUACUGUUUUGUUGGUUGGUCAUCCGAGCGAUGCAGUGUCGUCAGCGCCGUUCUCCUCCUCAGCUGCGGCGUCCUCGCCUGUCAAAUAAACACACACACACACACACGUGUGUUGCGGAUUGCCACCAGAUGUGUGUGCCUCUCUUCCUCUGUUGGUACCUCCGCUGCCGUCAGCCAUAUCGUCACCAUCACUGCCGUCCACACCACACACACAGAAGGCCCAUCCACCACACACGCUUUCACUCACAUGCUUCCGUCUCUUCCCUGUCCGUACCAUCGUCACUGUCGUCAUCGUCGCUGUCAUCGUCUACCUGGCCGUCGAAGACAUAUUGCGCCACACCUGACCCCAGCGCCACACGGGCCAGCUGAGUGGUGACCGGGAAGCGAUGCUUGAAGGGACCACCAGCACCAACCACAGGUGCCUCGGUCGUCGCGACACGAACGUCCACUGCAGACAGUCAGACAGAGGAAUGACAGAAAGAAAAGAAUACAUGACAUUGACCACCAGAGCUGCCUGUCUCUCGGCCUUACCGUAGUUGUUUCCUAGAUCCUGAAUCAAAGUCCAUGCGACGAAGUUGUGGCUGCUGUUGGUCAGCACCAGCAACCGCACCUCACCGUCCCGGAUGAAUAUGGUGGUGCACCCGGCCACUGGUGUGUGGGGCGACUGGGUCAGGAGGCCAUCCAGACGGCCGCCGCCAACAUACCUGAACCAACCACAUACGCACACACACAAUCACACACGCACCCCUCUCGCCACUGGCGCCAUUGAUGUGGUACCUGUUGAGUGAUAUCGAUGUGCGAUUGAUCUGAUGAGUCUGGUAGAAGUAGCUGAGGAUCUUGUGCUUGGCGAACGACGACAAUGACGCAUCGGUGGUCGGGAGAUGGCCCGACUCCCAUUCGCUGUGCUGGAAAAAGUAGUGGAUGCGGCUACGCACUGGUGGGUCAUGCUGCUGUCGGUGCCGCUAAUACAGAUGGCCGGCGGCGAGGGGCGGGUCGACGUCCAGCCGGAAGCCGGGCUCGUCCUUGAUGGCCCGCACCUCACCAUUGGCAUGACGGAAGAUCUGCAAGCGGCUGCCGUCACCGAAGUCCACGUGGCGGCCGACCACCAUGAGCUGCGCCAACACACGGGGGAACGAUCCAUAUGCCUACACCGGACCACACGCAGACGGACAGACAGACAGACAGACAGACAGACACACAGACAGAGAGGAUGAGUCCUCUCUGCUCUCUCCCCGCCCCUCUGUGUGUGCCUUACCGUCUUGUUGGCGUGUGUGUUGAUGUCAUCGGCCGUGAGGUUGAGGGGCAGCUCACAGUAGCGGCACUGACUGGCCAGCUGCAGCACCUCCCCCGUCUCAUCCCACCGCCCGCCCUCCUCGGCUAUCCACACGGCCGCCAUGAGGUCACCCAUCCCCAGCGAUGGGUCGAACCGCACCAGCUGCAGCUGUGGGGUGUUGAUGCCGUGGCCAUCACGGCUCAGUGAGUUGGCGAGGCGGUUGCGCAGCUCAGCAAUGGUGAAGGCAGCCUGGAUGCGCCGCGAUGUGGCUCUGUGGCGGGCCGCCGUGACGAUGUCGGGCAAAUGGCCUCGGCUGCCAACGAACAAGUGGCUGACGGGGUGCUCCUGGCUGCCCCCCUGCAGAUCGCACACACACGUAACAAUGCAGAUCGAUACACUCACAAGGCCCAUCUGGUGCAUGGCGGUCGGUUGUGUCAGACCCACCUGACAACGCGGCUGCUGCUCUUGCUGCGGGUGGCUGCGGGACGAUGCGACGCCGUGGCGGUCGGGCGAGGCGAACAGCUCGUCUACUGCAUCGGUCACGAUCUGCACACACCACACAAACGACAGACACCGACAUCAACACGGUGCUGUGUUGGCGAUUCUAAAAAUAAAAACACACACACUGGUCUUCUGACAUGCUCACCCCUUUGGUGGUCUGUGUGUCGCCCCACAUGAGCCGCUGCAUCCUCAACGUCGUCACGCUCGACUGCAGCGCCGACUCGCUAACCGAACUCUCACUCACAAGGGCCGCACUCUGACAAUGAACAAUGGGACACACAAACCCACUCAGGCCAUAGAUAGGCCGUGACACGUGUCGCUUUCGCUCACCCAGAUGCCGCCCGCUAUCUGCUUCUGGUUGGUCUUGCGUGUGAUGUAGACGGCCGUGGCGGCCAGCAGACGGACAUCGCACCCGGCCAAAUCGACGUCACACAUCGACAAGAACUGCACAGACAGACAGACAGACAGACAGGGAGAAGCCAUUCGAUGGCUGGAGGUGUCUGUGUGUGGCUGGCGGACAGACUGACCAUGAGGUAUUUGGCGAAUGAAAACAGGCGGCCGUGGGUGUCCAUGGCGGCAGCAGUGAACAGCUUCUCUACACACCCAAUGCCGCACACAGAGCUAUCAACCGCACGACCCACCACCUGCACACAAAGAGCCAGACAGACAGACAGACAGACAGACAGACAGACAGGUCGGCGCUGCACAGGUGUGCGUCGUGUGCGUGUCUGUGUCUAUGUUUGUGUUUCAAUACCUGUGUGUGUGUGGGGUCAUCCGGCAUGUCGUCCAUCAGCAGGUGUGGCUCCAGCCGCUUCACGCAGGCAGCCACACACACAACUGCUACCUGUGUGUCAGCAGCCAGUCAAGUGACACACACAUCCCAUGAGUCCUUACCCUCUGUCUGUCAUUCAGAUCUCUUUGCCUGUGAUGCGUCGUUCGUGUCGAUGAGUUUGUCGGCGAGGCACACGUCCAGCAGCCGCACCGCCCGCAGGACGGUCGCGUCGCGGCAGCCCAUCGACGCCGCUCUCUUGACCAUCCCGUCCACCAACACGGCUGCAACACACGACAGACAUCACAGCACACCUCUGAGUGCAUCUGUCGUGUGUUGUGUGGACGUCGGGCGUACCUCUCUGCUGCGGCCAUGUCAUGUUACCGACCUGUUUGUCAGACAGCCGAACACAGAACACCUCUUGAUUGAUCAGUCAUCCGGCAUUCCCGCUCGUUUAUUGUCCUGCUCGCCUCACCGUGAUGACUGCCGCCAU